AUGGACCGGUCGAAGCCCGUGAAAUACGGCCUUGAAAUUCGCCGCAAGCCGCAGAGCCAUCGCCCUGCGACGGCGGCGAAGCCGUUACCACCCGUGCGAGAUGCGAAGCUACAGUCGCUGUUCGGCGACGACGACGACGAAGACGGCGUGGAGGCGGACAUUGCGAGGCAGAACCUCAAGAAGCGAAGCCAGCGUGAGACGGAGCAGCAGCACGAGGCGGCGAUGGCGGAGGACCCAUCAGUGUUUGACUACGACGGGGUGUACGACACCAUCCACGCCGCCAGGACCUCGCGAGCCAAGGAGGCCGUGCAGAGACAGGCGCGCUACAUUCCGAACCUGUUAAAAACCACCAAAGACAGGGAGAAGGAGAAGGAGUUGGUGCAGGAGCGGCUGCUGGCGAAGGAGCGCGCCAAGGAGGAGGAGGAGUAUGCAGGCAAGGAGCGGUUUGUGACGCGCGCUUACCGCGAGAAGCUGGCGGAGAGGCAGCGAUGGCUGGCGGAGGAGAAGAGGAAAGAGGCCGAGGAGGCGGCUAAUGAUGUGACCAAGCGGACUGACCUGACAGAUCUAUACCGCAACCUGUACCGGGCACAGGAUGCUCAAGCAAAGUCCCCAGGUGCGCCGACUGCUCAAGCAGAGACCGGAGUGAAGCCCAGUGGGAGGUUGGCAGGGGGGGAGGAGGGGGAGAAGCAGAGAUCAGGGAGCAAGGAGCGUGAGCUGCCAGUGGGAGAGCCGAUGGGGCGGGGCAAGCAGGGGGAGGCACCUGCUGUGUUGUCAGCUGAGCGGGAAAGGGUGCUCGGGGGAGCUUCUCCAGUGGUGGGUGGGGAUGGGGAACAGGAAGGUGCUGUGAGUGCGGGGAGGGAUCAGGAGGAGAGUGGUGGAGAGGAAGGAAGUGGGGGUGUGGGAAGGAGUGGUGUUGCUGCUGCGCGUGCUGCUGCUGGUCCUGAUGCGAGCAGGGAAGAUGACUUGCCUCUGAGAAGCAGCCAGGAAGGUGCGGGCGAGGAUGAGACGAGACAGGCUGGUGGAGCAGGGCGUGAGGGGGGUUCUGCUGGUGGGGGGGAUGGUGCUGGUGGGGUUUCUGGUGAAGAUAGUGUGCCAGGUGUCAGCAAGCCAUUGGAGGGUGGUGAUAAGAAGAGUGUGAAGGUGUCGGCGGAAGACAAGACUUUCUGCCAACCCAGCAUUCCUGCCCGCGGAAAUCAAACGCCCCGCGGCGGGGAUCAAGGCCCCCGGCGCAAACGGUCGGACCAUAGCGCUUGUCAGAGCGGUGAUUUGCGCCAGGCUGGCGCAAGCCGCCCCUACCUUCUCGUUGCGGGGACCAUCCGCGGAACGCCUAGUGUGGGCGUUGCGAGGCAAACGGGGGAGAGCGGAAUUUCUCCUCGAGGCGCGGCUUCGAAGCGGAUUGUACGCGAGAAUGGCGCGGGAGGGGCGCAUGGAACGGCGAGAAUGAAUCCUGUUCGUCCAUCUGUGGGAGCAUCUCAGACGCAUGUUCUUGCGCAUGACUCACAGGCUCUGAGUGGUUUUAAACGAGCGACGUUUGACGUGGGCGAGAUGGAAGAAAAGGAGGAGAGGGAUGAGGAGGGGAAGGAGGAGAAGGUGGAGAGGGAGGAUGAGGCGAGAGAGUGUGGUGGUGCUCUAAGCUGCUGCAAUCGUGCCGAAGGCAGUGCUGAGAACCUGUUGAGUCGGCUCACAAGUGUUGGUGCUGGGAGUCGUAGUAAAGGAGAAACGGGCGGUGGCGAAGAAUACGAGAGAGCGAGAGGCGCUUUAACGAACGUGAUCCAUAACCGAUGCGCCCUAAAACGGGUGGAUGGCAACGUGUCAUCUCAAACAGAGGCAGGGGGGCGGCACGUGGCAGCAGGGAAUUCGUCGGGGCUGGAAACGGCUGGAUUCGGGCAGAAGAAAAAGCAACAGCAGGUACUGGGGAAUGCGGUGGAAAGGAAUGUGGCGGUGCGAGGUGCGGUACAAGGGGUUGAGAAUAGCGUAUGUUGCAACUACAAUGAGCAGGUGAAGAUGUCAGUAUUGAGGACGGAAGACAGCUGUAGGAAAGAGGAACCAGGGAGGGGAAGGAGCGGUAGCUGGCAGCGGGAGUGGAAGAUGAGCAACGUGCUCGGAGGUACAGACGGUGGCGGUGGUGCUGCUGCUGCUGCUGCUGGUGCUGCUGCUGCUGCUGCUGAUGCUGGUGCUGGUGCUGGUGCUGGUGAUGGGAACGAUGGGCCUGCUGCGGGUGGUGAUGCCAAUACCUGUGUUGCUCCUGCAGCUGGAGGUGCUGCUGCUGCUGCCGCUGCUUCUGCGGGAAGAGUAGCAGGAGCGGCAGUGCAAGGCGGAAUGGGGAGCGAGCAAGGUGAGUGCAGAGCAGGCAAAGGAUCCGUGAGGGAAGGAUUGGCGGAGGGAGAAGGCGUGGCGGAGGGGGGAGGCGUGGCGGAGGGGGAAGGCGUGGCGGAGGGGGGAUGCGUGGCGGAGGGGGAAGGCGUGGCGGAGGGGGAUGGUGCAGGGGAAAAGUCAGUAGAAGAGGAGGGGGGGGCUGAGGAAGCAGAGAGGGACGAAGCAGGGGAGGAGAGAGUACCGGGCGAAGAGGGCCCGGGCCCUGCCUUGCGGUCGAUGAUCCAACGGUCCAGAUGCUCCAAUGCCACUCCAACUAGGGGCAUUGCAUCCCGCAGCAUCAGCAGGGGAAGCACCUGGGGAAGGAGUGGUGGAGAAGAGCAGAAUACUCAAGGAGGCACGGGUAGUGCAGAAAGCAGCAACAAUGGGGGCGGCAAGAGGGGUGCUUCGAACGACGGAGUAGGGAGCACUAUUGAGUCGAUACUGGAAGGAGUGAGCGAUGGCAGAGGGGUGAGCAGUGCAGGCAGCAUCAGGGCGUUGCUGCGACGGUAUGUCGCCAAGGAGAAUGAAUGUGUUGCUGGGCUUGAGUCAUCGUGUGCUGGGGGAAGGUCAGCAGCAGCAGAGAGGGAGGCAGCAGCAGCAGCAGCGGCAUGUGUGGAGAGGAGUGGUUCUCAGGGAGGAGCAGCAGCGGCACCUGCAGCAGUAAAGGUAGGGAGGUCAUGUAGGGUGGCACCUCAGCAGCAGAGAGAGCAGAACGAUGAAGCUGAUGGAGUGGAGGCACAGGAGGAAGGAAGAGGAGGGAGAGCAGAGGGAGAAGGGAGAACAGAGGAUGAAAGGAGAGCAGAGGAUGAGGCGCGAGGGGAGUGGCAGGAGCAGAAGCAGAAGUACCUGCCGCAAUGCUGCCUUGAGAUGCCACAGAAGCCAGGUGGUAGUAGUACCCAGGCUUGUCAGCAGCGGAAGCAGAAAAACCUGCCGUCGACACAGCUGCUUGUUGGGUGCGCUGUGAAGCAGUGCAGCAGAACCUGGCCGCAGGUAGUGGGUAAGGCAGAAGAGCAAGCAGCAGAAGAGAAAGCAGCAGAGGAAGCAGAGGAAGCGGCCGAGAGGACAGUUGGGAAGGUUGGGUCUUGGAGCAGUGAAAUCCGAGGCUCGGCCACUGGUGUGCUGCAGGGGCUGCUCUUCAGACCCAGGCGGAGGAGGGAGGGGUUGUCGCUUUCCAAUUUGUCUCGCCCCAAUCUGGCCACACCCAACCGGGAAUAUUGCAUGGGCAAGUAUGGCAUCGAUGCAUAA